GCCCGUCCAGGAUAUUUCUUUCCAUGGGUGAGGACAGCUAUGGCCUUAGGAAGAGCGAACCCUCUAUAAGGCAUGGGGCUGCCAGGGUUCGGCCCUCUCUCCCUGACUCCCAGCUUUGAUCCUCAGAGGAGCAGGUAGCCCGGGACACAGAGGAGGUUUUCCGCAGCUACGUUUUUUACCGCCAUCAGCAGGAACAGGAGGCUGAAGGGGCGGCUGCCCCUGCCGACCCAGAGAUGGACACCUUGCCCCUGCAACCUAGCAGCACCAUGGGGCAGGUGGGACGGCAGCUGGCCAUCAUCGGGGACGACAUCAACAGACGCUAUGACUCAGAGUUCCAGACCAUGCUGCAGCACCUGCAGCCCACGGCAGAGAACGCCUAUGAGUACUUCACCAAGAUUGCCUCCAGCCUGUUUGAGAGUGGCAUCAACUGGGGCCGUGUGGUGGCUCUUCUGGGCUUCGGCUACCGUCUGGCCCUACACGUCUACCAGCACGGCCUGACUGGCUUCCUGGGCCAGGUGACCCGCUUCGUGGUCGACUUCAUGCUGCAUCACUGCAUUGCCCGGUGGAUUGCACAGAGGGGUGGCUGGGUGGCAGCCCUGAACUUGGGCAAUGGUCCCAUCCUGAACGUGCUGGUGGUUCUGGGUGUGGUUCUGUUGGGCCAGUUUGUGGUACGAAGAUUCUUCAAAUCAUGACUCCCAAGGGUGCCCUUUGGGGUCCCAGCUCAGACUCCUGCCUGGACUUAAGCCAAGUUUUUGCCUUCUCCGCUCCCUUGCAGGGGUCCCCCCUCAAGAGUACAGAAGCUUUAGCAAGUGUGCACUCCAGCUUUGGAGGUCCCCUGU